GCCAAAAACUAUUAAUAAUAAUAAUAAUACCUACUUUGUAGGAUUAUUUUAAGCACAUUAAAACAUGCCACAUGUCCUGGCAUAGAAAAUAUUAUAUAAAUGUUAGCUAUUACUUCUAUUUUCUUUACAUGCCUGCUUUCCUAUUCAUUCAAGUCUCAGCUCAAUUGUCAGCUCCUCAAACAAGUCUUCCCUCAUAACCCUUUCCCAAACUCUCCAUUACAUUGCUCAUUGGGGUUUUAUUGUCUGUCUGGCAUUUGAUGUUACCUGAAAAAAAAAAAUUUAAUGGAAACUGCAAAAGUAAGAAUCUUAUCUCUGGUUCACUGUUGUAUCUGCUGAGGCUAGAACAGAGCUUGGUGUGUAACCAAAACAAAGCCUCCUAAACUAUGAUGAACAAACAAAUGAAUAAAAAUAUACAAUAUUGUAUGUCUGACACAAAAUAGCAACAGGCUGCUACGUGGCAAUUCACUAAUACUAUUUGUCAAUCACUCUGGUAAUUGUUAGGGAUACACAUGUGAAGAAGACAUCAUCCUUUCCCUUAAGAAGUUUAGUUGAGUAGAGCAAACAGACAAAAAUAAUUGGGGAAAUUGCUAAAAGGAAAGGUGUGUCCAGAAUGUAGUCUGGGCACCAAAGGAGCAGAAGUCAGCCACCUGAGCUGGGGAGUGGGGGCUGGAGCAGACUUCAGAGAAGAGCUGACUUGGAUGCGUAGGAAGUACCUGCUGGCUACAGCCAGUGGUCCUUGGGGAGAUAAGAGUGGCACAGGAAAUAAUAGGAAUGGUAGUAGCCCAAUAAUUGUUUCUCCUCUUCUCCUGCAGGAAUUUUUCACAGACAACCUGUGGGGUACACUGCCUGACUCAUGGCAGGCAGCGUUGGAUGGACUGAACCCGCCACAACUGGCUACACUGCUGCUGGGGAUGCCUGGGGAAGGGGAGGUGGUAAGGUACAGGUCGGUGUGGCCACUCACUCUGCUGGCUCUGAAGUCCACGGCCACAUCCCUGGCCUUUACCCGGACGCCUGGCUUUCACACCCCCUCAGAGUUCCUGGAGAACCCCAGCCAGAGCUCCCGACUAACGGCUCCAUUCCGGAAGCAUGUCAGGCCCAAGAAGCAGCAUGAGAUCCGGAGGCUGGGAGAGUUGGUGAAGAAGCUGAGUGACCUCACAGGCUGCACCCAGGUUGUGGAUGUGGGCUCUGGCCAGGGCCAUCUCUCUCGCUUCAUGUCUCUGGGACUGGGGCUGAUGGUGAAAAGCAUUGAAGGGGACCAGCGACUGGUGGAGAGAGCCCAGCACCUGGACCAGGAACUCCUGCAGGCUCUGAAGAAAGAGGAGAAGAGGAACCCCCAGGUGGUCCACACUGGCCCUCGGCACUCCCCACACCACGUGGUUAGGUGGGUAGACCCCACAGCCCUGUGUGAGGAGCUUCUGCUUCCACUGGAGAACCCACAUCAGGGCGGGGCACGCUUGCUGCUAACUGGCCUCCAUGCCUGUGGGGAUCUGAGUGUGGCCUUGCUGAGGCACUUCUGCUGCUGCCCUGAGGUGGUAGCCCUGGCCUCAGUGGGCUGCUGCUACAUGAAGCUGAGUGAUCCUGGUGGCUACCCGCUGAGUGAGUGGGUAGCUGGGCUUCCUGGUUAUGAACUGCCCUACCGGCUUCGGGAGGGGGCCUGCCAUGCUGUGGAGGAAUAUGCUGAACGGCUACAGAAAGCUGGCCCCGGCCUCCGAACUCACUGCUACCGUGCAGCACUAGAGACAGUCAUCCGAUGUGCCCAGCCUGCGCUCCGUCGGCCUGGCGUGCAGGGGAUCCCCAGGGUCCACGAGCUCAAGAUUGAAGAGUACGUGAAGAGGGGACUACAGCGUGUGGGGCUAGACCCCCAUCUACCGCUGAAUCUGGCUGCCCUUCAGGCCCACCAGGCCCAAGAGAACCGUGUGGUGGCCUACUUCAGCCUGGCCCUGCUGCUGGCCCCACUGGUGGAGACGCUGAUUCUACUAGACCGGCUGCUCUACCUUCAGGAGCAGGGCUUCCAUGCUGAGCUCCUGCCCAUCUUUAGCCCUGAACUGUCUCCUAGAAACUUGGUUCUGGUGGCCACCAAGAUGCCCCUGGGUCAGGCCUUCUCUGUUCUGGAGACUGAAGACAGCUGACACAGCCUGAGUAAGGGCCCAUCUCAGACUCCAUAUGAAACCAUCCAAAUGCAGUACUGCAGCAGAGUACACCUAGCCGAGAACCAGCAUCAUGCAUCCCUGAGUCCUGGUUCCCCACAAACCUUCAGUUUCAUACCCUUUCUCUCCUUCCAUAUGUUAUAUAAUAUUGUGUAAAGUUUUAAUUUAUUAAAUCUUUAUUUCCCUUCC